UACGUCAUUACCCACGUUCCUCCCCGCUAGUCCUUCUCCCCACCUUCCCUUCGUUAUACAUCACAUCUUACACUCGAGCAGAAACUAAACAAGAAACUCAAACGACAUGAGCUUUACAAGCAUUGCUGAUGGUUUUCAAAAAGACGCGGCAGGUAUGACUGCCUUGGACCAUAACAGAGCGAUAUCCGUCGCCGGCUUUCAUGAACAGUCGCAUGCCGUCGCCGCGGCUGGCAUGAGGAACGAGCUCAACAAGCUGUGCGAAAUGGUGCCAGAGGGCCCCGAGAGAGCAGCAUUCACUUUGGAAAUGGACAAUUUCUACUCCCUUUUUACUCGAUACUUGUCUGAAAAGGCAAAGGGCACAAAAUUAAAUUGGAACGCAGUCAACUCACCAGGUCCGGAGAAAAUUGUCGCCUAUAAAGACCUACCUGCGACGCCAGACGCGGAAGUCCCAAAUUUCCUAAGUAAAUUAGCCGUGCUGAAGCUGAAUGGUGGACUUGGCACGACAAUGGGAUGUGUCGGCCCGAAGAGUGCAAUAGAAGUUCGAGAGGGAAUGACGUUCUUGGAUCUCACAGUGCGCCAGAUAGAGUAUCUGAACCGUCAGAACAACGUGAACGUCCCGCUAGUCUUAAUGAACUCUUUCAACACGGACACCGAAACAAAACGCAUCAUUCAGAAAUAUGCUGGCCACCAGAUUCAGCUCUUGACAUUUAAUCAAUCGCGGUUCCCCCGUGUUUCCAAAGAUACCCUCCUUCCCGUUCCUACUUCUCCCGACGCUGCCGUGAGCAACUGGUACCCACCAGGACACGGUGAUCUGUUUGAAGCACUGGCAAACAGUGGGACAUUGGACGAGCUGCUUGCGCAAGGAAAAGAAUAUCUAUUUGUUUCGAACGUUGACAAUCUUGGCGCAACGGUUGAUGUCAACAUCCUUCGGCAUAUGGUUGCCUCGGGAUCAGAAUUCCUCAUGGAAGUGACCGACAAGACAAAGGCUGACAUCAAGGGAGGAACACUGAUUGAAUACGAGGACAGCAUUCGAUUGCUAGAAAUCGCCCAAGUACCCUCUGCACAUGUGGACGAUUUCAAAUCUAUCAAGAAGUUCAAGAUCUUCAACACGAAUAACUUGUGGAUAUCCUUGAAGGCCAUCAGACGCCUCGUCGACAACAGCGAGCUGAAUAUGGAGAUUAUCGUAAACAAUAAGACCGCGGAAAACGGGGAAAAGGUCAUUCAACUUGAGACCGCCGUCGGUGCUGCUAUCAAGCAUUUCAACGGAGCCCACGGUAUCAAUGUCCCUCGUAGUCGAUUCUUGCCUGUCAAGAGCACAUCCGAUCUGUUUUUGAUCACAUCGGACUUGUAUCGAUUGGAGCAUGGAAAUCUCACAAUGAAUGCAAAGAGGCAGUUCACGACAGUUCCUCUUGUUAAGCUUGGCGACCACUUUAAAAAGGUUUCCCACUUUUUGUCCCGGUUCCAGGGGCCUCCCCAAAUAUUGGACUUGGAUCACCUAACGGUCACGGGAGACGUGACCUUUGGACAUUCUGUAGUUCUUCAAGGGACUGUCAUUAUCGUCGCUAACCACGGCGAGAGAAUAGAUAUCCCAUCAGGCGCCAUUCUGAAUGACAAGGUCGUAUCUGGCAACCUCCGCAUCCUUGAUCAUUAGAUCCGGACAUUGAGCCUCCAAUGGAAGGUGUAGCCAUAGAGAGGGGAGAGGGAAGGGACUAUUCUGGCCCCUGUAUACCUGGAGAUGCAAAUGAUCUUUGAUAAAAUGCCGUUCAGUAUGCGUCUAUUUCAUGUACAAGUGCUCCUUCCCGCCAUUCUUUUUUUUUUACAGAUCAUUGGCAAGCUUUGAAAAAUAUUCUACUGUUUCC